CUGAACAUCUAACAACAUCCGAUGGAGUCCUUUCAAUUUCUGGACAUGGACUGGGAGGGCAAGAUGGAGCCUACGUCUCCCUCCUCCCAGCACUCCUCCUAUGCUGAGGAGUACAAUCUCGAAGACUACGAUUUCUGCAAUGAAGGCCUUUUCAAUAAUGCUCUCUUCGAUAUCGUCGUUGAAACCAAACCGGUCAUAAAAUCGGACCUCUUGAAAGACACUCCCAUAGUUAUCGCAUUACCUCCGGUGGCAAAAGUCGAGAAAGAUCAAUGGCUUGGUGAGAAGUUAAAAGUACCCCAACUGUCCGUCGCCUCCGGUGGUUAUGCACUACCACUGGCGUCGUCGGCGGCCCUCGUGGGUAUCGUUCCCGAAAUCGGACCCUUCCCCCACCAGCGACAACCGGAGAAGGUGCAGAACACGGAGGAGCUGCUGAUGGAAUUCGACUACGUGUAUGGAAAUGUCGAGUUGACUCAUCUGACACCGCCUCAAACACCACCCCAAGAGGCCCAGUGCGGUUCAACCGAGCAGCCAACGUAUCUUACGCUGCCUUUACAGCCUCUGGCAUCGGUACCGGCUGUCAACGGAGGAUUCUAUGGUUACGCAAGUUCAGUGAACGGUGCAAUCCUGCUGAAUCAGAUACCGACCGUUGUGGAGCAGCAUCCGGCUUCUGCCGAACCCCUUCAACAGGUUCCCGGAGAAUACCAACUAGCCGAUAGUUUUGGCUUCCAGCCGGUGGAUGAGGUGGAGAACAUUGCCCGUAACUUGGAGUUGGUGGAAGAAAUCGUUCGCUCCCGGUCGAAAGAUCUCCCGGACUGCAACGAUGAAGAUUCAUGCUCAUUUUCCGAGGCCGGUUCCGUAUCCAGCUCGUCCCCAAUGAGCGAUACCAGCUCGUCCUAUUGUGGGUCGGCGUACUCACGUGACCAGGAUGACGAGUGGAGUCCGGCGAGCAGCACCAAGAAGAAUUCAACCAGCAAAGUGUCCGGCGGUGGCGUCUCAAAGAAGCGCACUCGUCCCUACGGUCGCGGUGUUGAGGACAAGAAAUCCCGCAAGAAGGAGCAAAACAAGAACGCCGCUACUCGUUACCGCCAGAAGAAGAAGGCCGAAAUCGAAGAGAUCCUUAUUGUGGAAAGUCAGCUGAAGGAGAAGAAUGAUGGAUUGAAAAGCAAAUCUGCCGACAUUGGGCGCGAGAUUCGAUAUCUUAAGAGCCUGAUGCGCGAGGUUUGCAAAGCGAAAGGCUUGCUUUAAAGAACGAAAGCUUCGAGAUACUUAUUGUACCUUAAUUUUUUUUUCUUCUAUUUCUUUUAUAUCAACGUACAUUAUUAAACAAAAUUCGAUGCAUAGUUUGUACCACCCUAUUCGGUAAGAUUUGCUUUUACCCGCGGAUUCCUCAUUCUAUACUUCUACGGUUGACCGUAUCGUGUCGUAUAGGAAUCUUACUAGUUUAUAGUCGUUAUUAACACAGACGAGUUUAGUGUGUAAGCUAUAAAAAAAUGACGAUACAUUGCGAACGAGUUCAAAACAAAACAUUGCAGAAAUCUGUAGUCAUUCGUGGAUUAAUUCGAUCGCAUAUAUUCGCGAAGAAUUUUUGAAUUGAUGAUGUAACAACCCCAGAGGGAAGAGGAGCCGUUCAGUAAACAACCCGUGGCUUGCCACCUCGCGAGAGAUCCGUCCCGCAAUCGUGACGCGCAGUGUAUGACGUCCGCUUGGCGUGACCGAAGAUCUGCUGCCGUGUCGGAUUGCGGCGGGGCUCUCGGGCAAGGCUGUGUUGAUUGAUAAGGACAAACAGACUUCUUAUAUUAACUAUUGCGCUUCAUUGAUGGGAGACAAAUAUUGUCAUCUUUUAGAAAAACCAAAUCUUCUUAAUUCCUGAACAAUUUGUAAAUUUUGCAACAGCUCAAGAUCUAGUGUGAUCUCCCAAAGCCCUAAAUUAGAACUUCUUCUUGAGUCUUCGCCACGAUUAACAAUGUCACUUAUCCAGCACAGUGAGUCGUUUUUCGAUUCUGUCGGGAACGUUUGGCGGCAUGAUUUAUAAUAACAUCUUUUAACUAUUAAUAAGAUCAUUCGUAUUUACAAGAAAAUCAAGAAUUUGGGAAAUAUUACAUCGAAUAACAGAAAUGGAUAAAUGAAACCUGAGAAAUGUUUCAAAAGUGCAACUGGAGACGUCAAAAUGAACACAUCGCUGCGCGAAGUGACGCCGUUUGAACGUUUCUUAACCUGGAUCUAUUGAUGUUUUUGUGUGUAAUAUAAGAUGGGUUAAGAAGAA